ACAAUUGAUUUUACAAGUUGCAUAUUAUAGAUUAGAUUGAGAACAAUAAUUAUUGUUCUCUCAAUUUGAAGGCUUAUAGCGUAGUAUGUAUAGACAAUUGAAUUGAAGACAACAGAUAUGAAGCUGUUACUAGUUUUAGUUUUAACUUUUAUACUAAGUACUCAUUGUCAACAGAAUCUGGGGCAAUUUCAAGGGAGAUCCUGUACAAGUCCAAAUGAUUCUGGAAACAUAAGACUGGUUCCUCUUCUGAGUGCUGGUGCUAUUCAGAUUUGCUUUAAUUCACAGGAAUCUGGUAUCUUCUGGUCGUAUGUUAACAGUGAGUUGAGUGAAACAGCAGCUCAAGUGUCAUGCAAGCAACUGGGAUUCUUGAACGCACGAGCCAAACCAACAAGUCUAAUGGUUGAAGGUGAUCAUUGGACAAUCACAACUCCAGCAAUGUGUGAUGGCAAUGAAAACCGAUUAGGCGAGUGUUGGGACAGAAUUACGACAAGAAGGGGAAUGGAACCAGUAGCUGGAUUGAUAUGUGGUUGUAUGGAGGGAGAGAUACGAUUGGUCGCUGGAUCAACACACAGGGAGGGUCGAAUAGAGCUCUGUAGUAAUGGUAGCUGGGGAACAGUGUGUGGUGAUGGAUGGACAGAGAGAGAAGCUGCUCUAGUGUGUAGUAGACUCGGGUAUCCGACACUAAACGCUACUCUCCACUAUUUUGAAGGUGGUAUAGGGCCAGUAUAUAAUGUGAGCUGCCAAAUGCCUGAAACAGACACCAGUGACUGCAACCUCAUAAUAACUCCAUCAUCAUGCCACCACUCAAUGGAUGUUGGAGUGAAGUGUCUUCCUUUCACUGAUGCUUGUGCAGUUUCUGUCAAUGAGAUGUCUACAAGCAACAGGCAACCACCGACAACUACCGAGACCCCACAACCAAGUGAUGGAGCUACCACAGAGAGCAGUAUCACCCAGAGCACAGCCGUGAGUACUAGUGGGACAUUAGGAGCACUCAUUGGUCUAUUAGCAGCUGCUCUAGUGGUGGUUGUCACUGGAUGGAUUGUGUCGUGUGCUUACUUUCAGAGGAAAAUAAACAAAGACCACACCCACUCUACACCCGUCUCUACACACAACCACACCAUCCAACACACACCACAAGAUGAGACAUUGUAUGACACAAUCAAUGACACAGCUACUAACCUGGAGCACAAUGAUACUGUGAAGUGCGUUCAAAAUGAAAGCUAUUCACUUGUCGGACAAAGGAACAUGGACACACAAAACUGUGUUGGGUAGUUAGCUUUGUAACAGAUAGUUUACUUAAAUAGCUAGAAUCUACAUGCAUUAAGAACUCAAAAAUUAGAUUUGAGUUUAUGGGAUAUAUAUUUAUGUAUUGAUG